AAAAGGCUGUUUGAUCCUGUCUUCUCUGCACAUGCUCAUUUUGAUCAACUACAUAAACUAAGAAAGGGAUUAGUUGAAGGUUCAAACAAGACACUUAUAACGGGCCUUCUGGAUGACUUACUUGAAGAAAAGAUAUUCAAUGAUGGUGAGGUAGAAUAUAUUAAAGAACAAUACACUCUUUCAAGUGACAAAAUGCGGCACCUUGUUGAUACUGUGAGGAAAAAGGGAGAUGCAUCUAGCAACAUCCUGAUUCAGAAAGUGUCAGAAAGAGACUUGAUGCUUAGCGAAAAACUUGGGAUAACAGUACCUACAGAACUCUCAUUGCCCAAACAAGAAACAAAGUUUGAGUCACCCAGCCAGAAAAAGCCUCUAUUGCCUAAACAGGAACAGAAUGUUGAGCCACCCAGCCAGGCAACCAUUAAUGGAAUCACACUGUGUUCAGAGAAGGAAUAUGAAAGAAUUUCCCAAGACGAACAGGAUCACAUUUACUCUAUUAAACCUCGGGAAGAACGUACACGUCUUGCUCUGAUCAUUUGUAAUGACAAGUUUAAUGAUGAUAAACUUGCAAAACGCAAUGGAGCAGAGUGUGAUGUGGAUGGAAUGGAGAAACUGUUAUGUGGGCUCGGAUACAAAACUGUAAAAAAAAAACAACUUGACAGUGCAGGAGAUGCGGAACACAAUGAAAGAUUUUGCUGCUGAGGAAAAACAUCUGGCAUCGGAUAGCACUUUCCUAGUAUUUAUGUCUCAUGGUCAAAGAGAUGUCAUCUGUGGGACUGACAGCCAAGAAUCUGAAGAGGAGGCAAUGAAUGUACUACAUGUUGAUGAGAUCUUUUCUACAUUCAACAAUGAGAACUGCCGUGUGCUGCGAGAUAAACCAAAAAUUAUCAUUAUUCAGGCUUGUCGUGGAAGGGAAAGAGGUCAGGUGUUGGUAUCGGACAGCCCUAGUGCUGUAGAAGGAAACUUGGAAGAUGAUGCCAUGCGAAUGCUUCAGAAGGAAAGGGAUUUCAUCUGCUUUUGUUCUACUACUCCAGAUACUGUUUCCUGGAGAGAUCCCAAAAAAGGUUCCUUGUUCAUCCUACGCCUAAUUGAGCACAUGAAAAAAGAUGCCCACCGCUAUUCAAUAGAAGAUAUCUUCCGCAGUGUUCAGUUGUCCUUCAAGGACAAGGUACAGAUGCCUACACAGGAGAGGAAAACACUCUUGAAAAAAUUUUAUCUUUUCCCUGGAUUUUAG